AUGGAUUGUAAUAUACCCCCAAGCAAUGUGAUUCCUGCAGUAGCUGCAAGGCUGUGAGUACAAGUCAGAAAAAAAGAUUUGGCUGUGAUUGCAUUUUUUUUUUUUAAAAAGGUCUUUGCAUACUUUUUACACUUUAUGAAAGGUAAUUGGUGAGUGAAUUCACUGUCCCAAUUAUGACAUUCUAGAUUCUAACAGACAAAAAAAUGGACACAAAAAAAAUAAACAAUAGUUACAAAAAAAAUAAAUAAAUAAAAAUAGAGUAUAUGUAUAAAAUGAAAAUCAAAUAUAUGUUUAAAAAUUCAGGGUGAGUCAAAAGUCAGGAAGUACAGAAAUAUGGUAUCGAUAUUAUGUUGUUUAUUCACAAAACUCUAAAAGUGUUACUUACUAAGGUGAGGAUUCAAAGUGAAUUUUCAAUUUAAGGUCAAAGUAAUAGAAUUGGAAAAUUUCUCUAAGUCAGCUAUGCUUUCAGUUUGGCUACUCUGGCCUUAAAUUUGAAACUCACUCUGAAUUCACAGCUUAGUUUAGUAAAUAAUAUCGUAAAUUGUAGCAAUAUAAAAUCCAGAUUUCAGUUCACCAAAAUAAUUUGUAACUAUUUUUUUUCCAUUGCAGAAAAUAUUAUGUUGAAGUACUAAGAAAAGAAGUUGGGUUCGAUCUGUCUGUAAACCAAAGUAAAACUGUUGAAAAUUAUAAACUGUACCAAGUAAGUAAAGUUUGUAGUGUAUUAUUGUUUAUCAACAUGAAUAAUAAGGAAAUAAACACAUGAAUGUGAAUACAUAUUAACCCCUUAAGGACCAAACUUCUGGAAUAAAAGGGAAUCAUGACAUGUCACACAUAUCAUGUGUCCUUAAGGGGUUAAAGCAACACUGUCACCCCUGCCCCACUUGCCCCCAUAGGAUCUUUAUAAAAUACUUAUUAUGACUGUGUUAAAAUUUCACUAAAAUUCCAACCCAGCCAGGAAAUAUACAGAGAUAAUGUAGGGGCUACUUUGUCUCUGUAUAUUUCUCCUGACACUUCUAGGCAGAGCUACCGACUAGAAGUAUCAAUCCCACCAGCUGUAACCAGUGAUGGCUGCUGGGAAUUGACUCUGUUUACAGAGGAUCCUGCAGUCCUACGGGAUCCUCCAAAGACCUCAAUGCUGUAUUCUCACACAUUCCCUAUGUUGGGCACCAAUCCCUUUGUCCCUUUUUUCUAUCCUAAUGUCAUAACAUUGAAAAAAUACUCACAAUAAUGUGUCUUAAAUUGCAAUAAAUGUGAUUAGAAAUCAGUCUCUGUAAAUAAAAUACAUUUUUCUUGUCCUAAAUUAUAUUUUAUUUGCAUACAUUUUACUAGUCACCUACAAUUUCUGCGAACAGCCCCACCCAUGGUCACACUCCCACUCACACCCCUAAAAUCAGAGUAAAAUCUUGGGAGGUAUGAAGUUGUGUAAGUGUCUGGAGUGUCCUUUUAACAAACAUUCCUAGCACCAUUUCUACAGUUAGUUAUGGUACUUGGAGUGUUCCUUUAACAGAACACUCCAUUAAAAUUAUUAAUUUUGUAGAUGUACCCUCAAAGAAAACAUGCGUGUAUUUUUUCUGCAUGUUUUCUUUGGUGGUGUAUGAAACAAAAAUGCUUGAAAAAGCUGCAGACCUGCUGUCAGCAGCAUUUGCAAGCCCUCCCCUCUUUACAAGCACACACUUUCAGUUUGUGCCGGGAAAUAAUUCAAUCAGUGGCUUCUCGUUGAGAUACCUCAUUGCUAGGGCCACAAGCUCGCACACACGUACACACAAAUGAUUUUCCUCUGUUUCUCAAUGAGCUGUAAUACAGCUCAUGUAGAAGGGGGAAAGGUAGGUACAUGCUCACUCAAACUGCCUGCCACUUCUGUUAAAGGGACACUGUAUGCACCUCAUUGAAGUGGUCUGGCUGCUGUGUCCCUAUUGCACUUAGUACUGCAAUGUAAAACAUUGCAGUUCCAGAGAACUGCAAAGUUUACAUGCAGCUCUAAGUCUGCCCUCAGUGUCUAUCUACCCUUGGUCCUUUAUCUGACACUGGACAUCCUCACGCUCUGCAUGAGAACCUCCAGCGUCAGAUUUUCUCCAUAGGAAGGCAUUGAAUAAAUCUUUUCUAUGGGGAAAUCCUAAUGCGAGCGUGGCCAUUGCCGACUGAAGUCGGCAGGGGAGUAGCGUGGGUGGAGCCUGACCCAGCGCCAGGGUAACAUCGGCGCUGGAUUCAGGUAAGUGGCUGAAGGGGUUUUAACCCCUUCAGCCCUGCGGGUGGGGGGGUGCAAGGGAGGGGGUACCUUUUAAAGCUAUAGUGCCAGGAAAACAGCUUUGUUUUCCUGGCACUAUAGGAUCCCUUUAAAUCUGUCUAGUUAGCCGAACCGGAAGACAACCUAAGGUGCCAUUUUAGCAGAGUUUUAUAAAACUGCUGAUUUCUUUAAAAAUCACAUUUUAUAAACUGACACACUCUAGACACAUAAAGCUCUUUAAGAAGCUGAAGUGCCUUGUGUGUCUGGAGUGUUUUUUUAAGUCGUGUGUUGCAGUUAUUGGGAAUAAUGUAUUUUGCUCUUGUGCAUAGAUCACUUUAUAUCAGUGUCUAGAGCCUUUACAUAUUUUAUUUAUAAACAGCUUUCAAAGGGCCAUGCACCUCAUCGAAUCCAGAGAAUCAAGAAGGUAUUUUUAGAUAAUCAGAUGGAAACAUCUAUUCGAAUAUGCUCUGCAAAAGUAGUUGGAGAACAAAACAAAAAGAUAUUUAUAGAUCCAGAGAGGAAACAACAUGUACAAAGAAAAAUAAAAGAUAAAAUGUCAUCUAUUUCUAAUAAGGUAAACAUCAAAGGCUAUAUUUAAUUGAUCCACGUAAUGUUUGCUACUUUGUUAAUUAACCAGCAUACAUGGAAUAAUAUUUCAAGGAAAUGUAUUAGCGUCAAGAGAAACAUUUUCUUAUGGUUUCAGUAAAAACAAAUUUCAGUAAAAAGUAUCUAGUGUGCACGGCUGGUUUAAGCUCCACUUCUGAUUAAAAUAAAUUAUUUGAAGUCCAUAAAAUAUUUCCAGUUCUACAUGUAAGAACUUGGGUGUGUGAGAUUAGAUGCACUUGGGAAUUUAGGGUGUACUUAUUUUCAGCCUGAUUCUUUCUGGUGAUGUCUCUGUAGAAAUGUCUGUAUAUCACAUUGUGAUUAAUAGUUAAUGAGACUAUCCAGAAUUGUUCAUUUUUUGUACCAUAUGGCAAUGUUAUGUUAAAUUUGAAGUUUCAAACAUUGGGACUUACAGAACUAAAGAAGUAAAUUAGGAUAUUCACUAGAUAAGGAAUUGUGGAGAAUUGCACAUUUUAGGCUCCUAUGGUUAAAUCAGAAAAAUAUCUGAGCUAGAGCAUUUUUCGAGUAUGUCUAAUUUGGACAAAAAAAUUGCAAUUUCCUCUUUAGUUAAUAAGCAAAUGCGUCUUUGAGAUACAUACACAUCCUUCCUUAUAGUGCUGAGACAGUCAGAUGAGAUGUCCCACCCUCCUUAUAGUACCCUUUAAUGGUCUAUUUAAAGCGGUACUCCUUGCCUAAUUAUAAAUAUGCAUUUUGUUUGUUAGCGUACAUAUUACUUGUUUUAAAUGACCUGUUUAUGUCUACUCAAUGUCCAUUUUGUUACUCUAUUUUAUUUUUUUACAGGAUCUCAAUACCGCUAACAAUAUUUAUCCAAGAAGAGUUUAUGUAAGACCCAGGUAUUAUUCCCUGCUAUCUUAAAUCUGCUUCACCCUGCAUGGGAGUGGACACCUAUGUUUAUCUCUCAUUGGCUUCAUCGAGAGCAUACCUCCCAAGUGUCCCUAUUUAGGAAGGACAGUCCAUAUUUUGUGCACAAAUCCAUCUGUCCCUCUUUUCUAGGAGCUCCAUAUUGUUGGUGUGUCUGAGUGUAUAACAGAGCUCCACAGCGAUAGUACUCACAGUAAUGUGUAUUGAAACUACAAUAAAUGUGUUUAGAAAUCAGAAUAUUGUUCUUGUUUAUUGUAUAAAUUUGUAAAUUAUCUAAAAUUCUCAGAACAGCCCCACCCCUAGCCACACAUCUUUAAAAUGAGUGUCCCAUGUUAAGAGACGUGUUAACGGUAACGCAAGAUUUUUCUCCCAUCAAUUUCCUCUCCCUUUUCAUGUAUGGAUUAUAUGCCUUAUUGUAGUUUAUUAGGGUUACCAGAUCCAUCAUGUUUUCAGGGUUACAUAUAAUUAAUUUUGUCAUAUUUGUGGGAAAACCAAAUAUAUGUUGCCCUGCAGUAUAAGGCAUAUUCUGUAGGAUUCUUCAUUGCCUAAUUACUUAAUCUAAUACACCGUCAUUCUGCAUACUGGAGAGCAGCCCUUUUCAUGUGCUGCCCAUCAAUAUAUAUAUACAUGAAAUGUGUCCUUGGAAAUAUAGUGGAUCUGGUAUCUCUAAAUAUUAGGUUUUAUUUUUGUAUCUAUUAUUAAAGUGCAAUAAUAUAAAAUUAGGUAAAUUAGGGCACUGUAACAAAGAUUCAGAUAGCCAUAUUAAUCACAAUACUUUAAAGAAUUGAUGCCCAAGAGAUAGAUUCCCAGAUUUUCAAGAACUACAGCUCCCAUGAUGCUUUGUCAGAUGUGGAUAUACAUAUGGCACUGAUCCCUGGCACAUUUCAAGAAGCCAAUCCCCUAGGUCAGAAAUUUUGAGAUUAUGUAACACAAGUAUAAAAUAAUGCAACAGCGCUACCUAGUGUAAUUUUUAAAUAGGGAGAAAAUUUGGUAUGUGCAGUAUAUCAGUCGAGAAAUGAUUUCAAAUACAUGUCGUGGUCAAGAUGUAAAAUAACAAAUGAUAUUAGUAUCUUGUAAUUCAUUUUGUAUUGAAAUAACAGAUUUUUGGAAUGCAGAGCUUUUGGGAGAUCCUCCCUUUUCAGGUCUAAAGCAUUUCUGAGCAAACGCACAGAAAUGUUUUCUCUCAGACCACAUACAGUAAGCAGGACCUCCUCUACCGCGGCUCGGCCAGGAGGAGUGGCUAGGGUGGGGGGAAUGGAACACAUGGGGGGGGCUUGAAUUGGGACAUUAUAGAGAGGCUGGGGAGGGGAAUGGGAUACUUGGAGAGGCUGGGGAUGGGAAUGGGAUACUUGGAGAGGCUGGAGGGGGACACUGGGAUACUUGGAGAGGCUGGGAUACUUGGAGAGGCUGAGGGUGAUAAGACACAUGGAGAGGCUGGGGAGGGGGAUAAAUGAGAAACAUGGAGGGACUGGGGGGAUUAAUGAGACACAUGGAGGGGCUAGAGGGGAUGAGACACAUGGAGGGGUGAAUGAGACACCUGAUGGGGCUGGAGGGGGGUCAGACAGGGUACAGUGAGCAGGAGCUCCUCUACCGCGGCUCAGCCAGGAUGUACAGGAGAGGCUGGGAAGGGGGGAAUGGGACACAUAGGGAGGGGGUGAAAUGGGACACAUGGAGAGGAAGGGGGGGGAAUGAGACACAUUAAGAGAGUCUGGGAAGGGAGGAGGGGAGGAACACAUGAGAAGGGGAAAAAUGGGACAUAGAUGGGAGAGGCUGAGGAGGGAAUGGAAACCAUAAGUGGAGGAAAUGGGACACAUGGAGAGGCUGUGGAGGGGGACACAUGGAGGUACUGGGGGUGAUAAGAAACAUGGAGAAGCUGGGGAUGGGGAUAAAUAAGACACAUGGAGUGGCUGGGGGGUGAAUGAGACACCUGAUGGGGCUGGAGGGGUGAAUGAGACACAAUGAGGGGCUUGGACCACAAUGAGACACACAGAAGAGCUUUGGGGACAAACAGACACAGAAGGGAAGGAGGUGGACCAAGAGAGUUACAGAGGGGGGACAAAGAAACACACAGAGGGGCUAGGGGGACAAAUAGACACACACAGAAAGUAUGGGGGACACAAAGAGACAUACAGAGGGGCUAAGGGGGGACAAAGAGACACACUGAAGGACUAGGGGGACAAAGAGGCACACAGAUGGGCUUGGGGUCAAACAGACACAUAAUGGCUAGGAGGGGAGAGACAAACAGAGGGGAGGGGGAAAAAGAGACACACAAAGGGGUUAAUAGAGAAUAGAGACACAAAUGAGCUGAGGGAAGUAAGAGGCCUGUCAGCCAGCUACACCAGUUGCGUUGUUUUGGCAGCAAGAGUGGGAUCUACACAAUAUUAGGCAGGUAGUUUUAAUGUUGUGGCUGAUCAGUGUACAAUUUAGGAUUAUAUGUGUAGUUUUUUGCUCAUAAAUGCUUUACACUUGAAAAAAGGGAGGAUCUCUCAAAUAUGUGUCAUUACAUAAUUCUAUUGGUUCAAGAAAAAUGGUUUUACUUUUAUUUAAGUGUGUUCUGGAUUUUGUCUCUAACUCCUGGGACAGGGGUCUGCAUAGAUAGUGUGGGUUGAUACGAAUAUAAGUCGUGACCCUUAAGUAGCUAUAAAAAUCUAUAAAAAAUUAUUAUAUGCAGUGCUGUAUUUACAGCAUGUCUAGCAAGACAUUUGCCUUAGGUUGCACUUUCAGGGUUUGGUAGGUGCUCAUAUUGUGGGCAGGCAGCAAGGAAGCACUGUCCUCUGAGCUCUUCCUGAGUUUGUGUGUCUGUCCGUGUAUGCCUGUGAGUAUGUGUGUCUGUCAGUGUGUGUCUGUUAGUGAGUGUGUGUGUCUGUCGGUGUAUGUCUGUGAGUAGGUGAGUGUGGGUUUGUCAGCGUAUGUCUGUGUGUGAGUAUGUGUGACUGUCAGUGUGUGUCUGUUAGUGAGUGUGUGAGUCUGUCAGUGCAUGUCUGUGAGUAAGUGAGUGUAUGCGUGUAUGUCAGUGCAUGUCUGAGUGAGUUAGUAUGUGUCUGUUAGUGAUUGUGUGUGUGUGUCUGUCAGUGUAUGUAUGUAUGUGUGACUGUCAGUGUGUGUCUGAGUGAUUGUAUGUGUCAAAUCGGUGAGUGUGUGCAUAUGUCAGCGUAUGCGUAUCUGAGAGUGUGUAUCUGUCACUGAGUUGGUGUGUUAGGGUGUGUUAGUCAAAAUGUGUGUUGGUCUUAAACAUGAAGAGGUGCGGCCUUGACAGGAAGGAGUGGGGGGGGAUCUAGAUAGGGGGAGGGGGGGGAGGGUGGUUCCAAGUUUCUUCAUGUCUAGGGCAGCAAAAAGCCAAAAUACACCACUGAUUACAAGAUACUUAUUUCAUCUGUUAUUUUAUGUUUGCAUCACUGGAUUAAUAUGGCUACAUUCUCUACUCCAACACUAUGUCGUGGUGAAGAAACACAUUCCUUAACAUGCUUAGCAGAUUUAAUAUUAGUAUAAUAUAAACAUUGACAGUUAGUGUGUGCUAGUGAAGAAAAGAUAAUAUGUCAUAUACAUCUCAAGCAUGUUAAGCGAAAAUAGUGGCUCAUUAAUCAUCUUUGCCUUAAAGGACCACUAUAGGCACCCAGACCACUUCAGCUCAAUGAAGUGGUUUGGGUGCCAGGUCCAUCUAGGGUUAACUCUGCAGCUGUAAACAUAACAGUUUCAGAAAAACUGCUAUGUUUACAAUAGGGUUAAUCCAGCCUCUAGUGGCUGUCUCAUUGACAGCCGCUAGAGGCACUUCCGCGCUUCUCACUGUGAAUAUCACAGUGAGAAGACACUGACGUCCAUAAGAAAGCAGUGAGAAAUGCUUUCCUAUGGACUAAUUAUUCAGCGCUGACGUCGGAAGAGGGAGGAGAGUUCCCCAGCGCCGAGGGAGCCCGGCGCUGGAGAAAGGUAAGUGUUUAACCCUUUCCUCCCCCUUCAGCCCGGUGACAGUGGGACCUGAGGGUGGGGGGGACCUAAAGACCCUAUAGUGCCGGGAAAACGAGUUUGUUUUCCUGGCACUAUAGUGGUCCUUUAAGCUUCCUUGACGAGGCAUAUUAAAUGCUCAUGAUGUCAAACGUGUAAGAGAAGCCUGCUGUAGUAGGUAUGAUGCAUAAAGUACUCUGACCCCAUUUCACGGUAAUGGGGCAAACCAUUUUGCAAUGAUUUGCCCUUUUACCUGAGCCAUCCACGGGGCUCCAAGUCAGCUGACUGCUCUCAGCAAAUAAAUGCAAUUAUGUGCAUAGGAAUAUGCACAAAACUAACAUAAGUCAGCUUUGAACUCCUGUUCCGGGCUGGAUAAUGACACCACUAUGGUGCAGUGACAAAGCCACAUGCCAGAGGUGCAGUAACAAAGCCUAGCGCAGCAUAGGCAGACUUCAAAUCACUGAAGUGAUCAUGGUGCUUGGAGUAACCCUUUAAACACAUCCUCCUAUGAUGUUAGGAAGAUCAGACAGCACAAUUGACCCUCGAUCAAGCAUAAUUUAAAAUAUUGCUCUUUGAUCAUUUUGUGGAGUCCUGCAUGUCUGCAGCCCGAUUCACAGUGUAUUCAAUGCACAUUUAAGUAUUUGAUCUGUCAGAACAUUUUCUACAGUAAGACAUAACACAGUGUACUUUCAUCCACAACUGAAGUGUUUCAUUCUAUAAAUAAGGACAUACUGGCAAUUAGUUACAGAAAAACCCCACCUGCUUGGAUGUGUAAGGUUAUUUUGCUUCUAGUAAUUUCAGUUAAGUUUUUUUUUUUUGGGAGGGGGGGAAUCUUUGAUGCAUAUUUCUGUAGAGAAUAACAGUGAAUACGGUGGUUAUAUUUUCUGUCUAGCAGAACCAGUGACUUGGAAGAAAUCUCUUCACAUCUCUAUGAAACUUCUCCUCCCGAUAUGUCUCAAGAAGAAAUUACAAGACUUAUCUCCUCAGCUGCAAAACUCAUCGUAGCCACUGUAAGUAAUGGUGUCACUACAAGAAUCAGGGACUGACCAAGCUGGUUAUGUUGGUUGGGGAGACACACACUAUCUAACCUGUUGCGUUCAGUCAUAACUGAGAAAAUGCAAUAUUGUCCAAAGUUUAUUUAGUAUACCUUGUCAUUACUAACAUCACUGGCGAACUGCUGGGGUACUUAACACUUUAAAGAUUAAAUGUUACUUUGAUGUCAACCCUAAAGACCUUAUGCCCCCAUAAAAUCUACUAUUUAUGAAGAACUGACAACUCUUUGUAGCCCUGUAGUCAUUAAUUGAGUAGGUCAUUCAAUUUUGGAAAAAAAGAUCCCAAAGAUCAGUUAGUUAUGAUGGCACAGACCAGGGGUAGACAACCUUCAUAGUCUUAAAUUAGAGGGGCAAAGGUUUAAAAAUAAUAUCAGGAAGUAUUACUUUACUGAGAGGGUAGUGAGUGCAUGGAAUUCCACUUCUAGCUGAAGUGGUAGAGGUUAACAAAGUGAAGGAUUUUAAGCAUGCGUGGGAUAGGCAUAAGGCAAUCCUAGCAAUAAGAUAAGGCCAGGGACCUAAUGAGAGUAUAUAGAAAAUUGGGCAGACUAGAUGGGCCGUUGCAUUCUAUGUCUAUGUUUCUAGAAGUAAAACAAUACAAACAUUGGACCAAAUUUGACUUAUUAGUCUGGCUAAACCAAAAUAUAUUCACACUCUAAAGGAACAAAGAAGAUCUACCUUCUAGACCAGAUGGUUUUUAUGGUUUUUGAACAUUUCCUAGAGUGAACCUUCCUAGCAGGCAGAAAUAUUGUAGUAAUGGUUUGAUUGGCUGAAAAAAAUCCAAAAACAUGAACUAUCUUUCUACUUUAAAAAUCUCAGAGAUCUGAUGAACUCGAUUGGAUAAUUGACAUGUGCAGAGCUUUGGCUGCCGAAUUCCUUCUGCUGUCUAUCUAACCCCAUUCCCAAAAUGAUUCCAAAGCUUUGUUAUUAGCUCCAUUGUAUAAAGUGUAAUUAAAAGAAUAAGCAAAAGCAAUAUAAUUUCAAGCAUUUGCGUCCCUUCUUCAUAUGCCUGUAAUUACAAACUUCCGAAGCUCCAAAUAUGUGUGUUAAUUUUUCCAGUCAUGUUACUUUGAAUUCUCUUUCCAACAAAGUCAGUAAUGAUGGGGUCAAGCUAGCAGGAUGAAUUUACUAAUCAACUUAUACAUCCCUUGUCUUUUUUUGCCCUUGAUUUGACUCUACAUUAUACACAGGUUAGAAUACAUACCUUAUUUUAUGCCUGAAGCAUCGUGAGUAUUUUAUUUAUUCAUCCAAUAUGAAUCCAAAUAUUUGACACCUUCUACAUUCUACCUUUUAUGCCAAACUAUCCUAGUUGGAAAAGGCUAGAAGGAUGAGCAGAUAAAAUAAGUAAUAUGUGCAUUUUCUUCAUUCAAGAAGCUCUCUUUUUCUGCUCAAAAAAAGUUGACACAUGGACACACGGCUCAGAAUGUUUUGCAACUUUUGGUUUGAAUUCAUAGCCUCCAAGCCAUAGAUACAUGAUCAAAUAUAACUUUUUAUGUUCCAUCAAAGUGUCUAUAUAUAUAUAUAUGUAUAUACACAUUAUAUUGUAUUAUGGUAUCUGAUCAUGUCUUCCUAUAGACUUCAGGAAAGCCCCACCAACGGGUUCCUACAUCUCAUAAGGAAAAACUGCCUUCUUCAAAAUGGAACAAUUCCCAGAGCCUUUUACCUUAUCGUCAGAAGAACAGAAGUAAGUAUGAUCAGAUGUAAAUGUUAUAAUGAAAUUGUCUUUUUAAUUAGAAAAUCUGUUGUUUGCGAGGGGCUGAUGUACUGGUGAUAGCACAGGCCACUGUAGUACACGUACAAUGCCCAUUCUACCAUAGACAUGUGUGCAACACACAACUGAUUUAAUAAUAAUAAAAAAAAGUUUUCUCUCAAAUUAUUUUUAGAUUUACUAUUUAGGCAAAGACCAUUUUUGACCAUACUGAAUAUUUAACAUAAUUUUGCUAGAAGAACAUUGGACUAUAUUAAACUCAUAUCCAUCCUUUCAGUGUUAUAGUGAUCGUAUUUAUUUAUAAAUGUAGGAAUUCAUUAUAAAUGCAAUAUGGGGCCCUGCAGGAGGAGGGUUUAAAUGAGUGAGAAUGAAACAUUAGAGGGAAAAAUUAGAAAAUACUUUAAAUAAAUCAGAUAUGGUAAGGAUCAUGGGGAGACUCCGGCCACUCGUUAGGAAAGCUACUGCAAUGAGGAUGACAAAGUCUGUGUAGUCCUCUAAAUUGCAUUGUUUUGGUAUACUCAUCUUGAUUCUUAAACCGAUGGUGCCAUAUAGACAGAGCAUACAUUUUAUAUAAGCUCCCUGGUUAAAGAUGAGGAUUGGUGUCUCUACUCAAUGGUGAUGCAAACUUAUCAGUGGAAUAAUAUAUAUAACAUUUGUUUUAAUUUUGCAUGUUUGCUAGAUUAGGGUCGUUUUCAUUUAUUGUUUUAGUUGGUAGUAGUUCAAAGACGAAGGUGGAUCGGCCCCGAUAUUCCUUAUGUUUGAAGAUUCCAUCACAAGAAUCCUGCUCAGGUCCAGAUUGGCCAUCUCAUGGUGAAACUGUUAAAACGCACAGUAAGGAAGACAUGGACCUUAGCGUUAACAAGAACCAAACAGUAAGUUGGCAUUUUCUGAAGAAACAUACUUUUGUUACCCCUCUGACACUCAAAUGACAUGUUAUAGCUUGAGAUAUUCGUUUUUAUUGAAUUUUGUAAUAAAUAGGUGUGUUAUAUUAGGUGUAGUCCCAAUUCUCAUAUAGUUCAGUUAUUUCAGUUUAGGACUUAUGUACUUUUUAUUUCGUGUAUCACAGGGAUCUGGGUAUUUUCCUGGUGUUAACAGUCAAAGGCCUACAGAAACAAAACAAAACAAACAAACAAACAAAAACCCCACAAAUGUACAUGUAUUGAGAGAACUUUUUUUUUUUUUAAUAAGAAACCACAUUUACAGCUUCUUGGUUAUGACGACAUACAUUUUACUUUCCAUUUAUUACUUUAUCAUGUUCUAUCUAGUUUGACUUUAGCAGUAACAAGAAAUCAAAGCUUGUGGGCUACGGAAACGGAAGCAUGGUUGGCCUUAUGUUCACAGAGAGAGAGCUAGAGGAAAUCAUACUUUGGUUUUAGGGUUUUUAUGUAAUUCAAAGUUUCACAACAACAAGGGGCAUGGUGUGUUCAGAUUAUAUAGUAAGCUAAAACGGUUUCUAAGUUCCCAGAAACAUGGAAAUCUAUUACCUUUGACACACAGCCUAUCCCAGUACAGUGUGACUUGCUCAAUAAACAUAUAUCUCUAGAUUAUAUUAAAGGAGAACACACCUAAUGACUGAGAUAAAUGUAUCAUAUUGUCCUCAAGCUGGCAAGCAGGACUCUCAAAACUUAUAUUUAUAGGGCUAUUUACUAAAGUGUGAAUUUAAAGUGAAUUUCAAAUUUAAGGCUACAGUAGUCGAACGUAAAGCAUAGUUGACUUAGAGAAUUUUUCCAGUUUGGCUAUUUUGACCUUGAAGGGUUAUUCCAACUCUUUUUGUGGGUGACCUUCUUUGCUGUGCAAUAAACCUGAAAAAAAUGUUUUUGCUUCUCAUAGAGAAGCAUGCGAUUGGACCGUUUGGCUGGCUCAGAGCGCAUGCGCGCAAUCUGAGCCAGUGAGGGGAGGGAGAAAAAAAACUUUUUAAAAAACCACAAACAUUUUUAGCAUUAUGCAGAGGGCUCAGAAGGGAUGCUAAAGGAGUGAGGGGACAUCCACGCUUCCCCUUGCUGGCUCCAAGAUGAAGCUCAAUAAGUCCAUGCCCAGCAUGCUAUGCACACUGAUGACAGAGGUAUUUUAUGCACAAUAAGAACAUUAGGCAGCCCGGAACUCUGUUACGUGUGCUAGGGGUGUAAAAAGCCCCUAGCAGAUAAUUGCAGAUUACUCUGUAUGUACAACAUUUCGAGCAGUUUGCACAUACAGCCUACCACCACCAUGACCACUUCAAAUCACUGAAGUGGUCAUGGUGGUUGGUAUAACACUAUCAAUUUGAAACAUUUAUAUCAUAAGCUUAUAGUGAGUUCAGCAGAAAUUAAAAUAAUGAUGUACUGCAUUGGAGAAUUUACUGCAGAAAAAUACGGGUCCAGUUGCUUUAAAUUAGAGCAGACUAAAAUGUCCUGUCUCCCCCUUGCUAGCUUGUCUUUGCUUGCAAACCUCUUGACUAGAUACAACUGCAAAGGAUUAUGGGACUUGUGGUCUGUGUAGCUGCUGUUACUUCUACUAAAUAAGCGGUGGUUUAUAAUGCAGGUGGCACUAGCGAUUAACGUUGAUGAGCAUCUUUUAUGUUUGCAUGUAUUCUACAGGAAAUAGACUCUAAGGAGACACACAAAGAUGAUGUAGAAUAUAAAAUUACAAUACACACUGGAUCAAGUCCUACAUCAGAAACCAAGCAGGUCCUCUUGAUUACAUUAAUUGGUGAAAAGGGCAGAACUGAAAAACAAUACCUUGAAAACUCGUCAACUAAUUCCAUCCCUUUCCGUUCUGGACAGGUACAUUUCCAGGAUUCAUUCACUAAACACCGCAUUGUAGAGAACUGAAAAACUAAUAGCAAAAUUCUCCAAAAAAUCUAUAGUUACAGCCCCGCUAUUUUUGUCCAAAUUUUGCCAGUUUUUAGUUGACUACAAGUCAGUGUUUAGUGGUUUAGUGAAUAAAACCCUCUGUGUUCAAAAUGCAAUUUAAUAGCAUUUAAAAUAUGUUGUCAUUUUCAUCUCUUUUAAGGUGGACAUCUUUAAUCUGAAGACAAAGAACGUCGGAAAACUAAAAUAUGUAAUAAUAAGGAUGAAAGAUAAAGAUGCAAGUAAGAAUUUCAGUAUCGUUGUUUUACAGUAUUAAACACAUAAAUGAUAGUUGUAUAAUAACAAUGCAAACUAAUUAGGAGAAUGGGUUGUUAAUGUGCAAUAAACAAUAUUUAAAUAGAAAUCAAUGCAGUUUUCUGUUUUAAAAAUAAAAGCUAAUGUUCUUCAUAACUAAGGACCUAUAGCUUAAUACAGGGCUAGGCAACCUUUUAGCAGCACUGUGCCAAAACAAGACUUUGAAGUUCCUUAGCAUGCCUGUCCUAUUUAUUUAUUUUUAUUAAUGUGCGUGUAUGUCGUUUUGUAAGGUUGUAUUUGUACGUAUCUGGACUGUGUUAUAUUGUGUAUGUGCGUGACCAGUAUGUGGUGUUGUGGAGUUACGUAUGUAUCAUGUUAUGGGUGUGGGGGCUGCUUGUGGUAUUCUGUGUGUGGUGUUGCAUGGGUGGGAAGUUACUUGUGGUGUUGUGUGCUUGUAUGUGGGCUGGUAGUAAUGUUUUGUGGUGGCUGCUUAUGAUACUGUGUGUUUGUUUGUUUUCAGACUGUUUGUAGUAUUUGUGUGUUUAGGAGGCUUUUUCUUCUAAUGUACAGGGAGUGCAGAAUUAUUAGGCAAGUUGUAUUUUUGAGGAUUAAUUUUAUUAUUGAACAACAGCCAUGUUCUCAAUGAACCCAAAAAACUCAUUAAUAUCAAAGCUGAAUAUUUUUGGAAGUAGUUUUUAGUUUGUUUUUAGUUAUAGCUAUGUUAGGGGGAUAUCUGUGUGUGCAGGUGACUAUUACUGUGCAUAAUUAUUAGGCAACUUAACAAAAACAAAUAUAUACCCAUUUCAAUUAUUUAUUAUUACCAGUGAAACCAAUAUAACAUCUCAACAUUCACAAAUAUACAUUUCUGACAUUCAAAAACAAAACAAAAACAAAUCAGUGACCAAUAUAGCCACCUUUCUUUGCAAGGACACUCAAAAGCCUGCCAUCCAUGGAUUCUGUCAGUGUUUUGAUCUGUUCACCAUCAACAUUGCGUGCAGCAGCAACCACAGCCUCCCAGACACUGUUCAGAGAGGUGUACUGUUUUCCUUCCUUGUAAAUCUCACAUUUGAUGAUGGACCACAGGUUCUCAAUGGGGUUCAGAUCAGGUGAACAAGGAGGCCAUGUCAUUAGAUUUUUUCUUUUAUACCCUUUCUUGCCAGCCACGCUGUGGAGUACUUGGACGCGUGUGAUGGAGCAUUGUCCUGCAUGAAAAUCAUGUUUUUCUUGAAGGAUGCAGACUUCUUCCUGUACCACUGCUUGAAGAAGGUGUCUUCCAGGAACUGGCAGUAGGACUGGGAGUUGAGCUUGACUCCAUCCUCAACCCGAAAAGGCCCACAAGCUCAUCUUUGAUGAUACCAGCCCAAACCAGUACUCCACCUCCACCUUGCUGGCGUCUGAGUCGGACUGGAGCUAUCUGCCCUUUACCAAUCCAGCCACGGGCCCAUCCAUCUGGCCCAUCAAGACUCACUCUCAUUUCAUCAGUCCAUAAAACCUUAGAAAAAUCAGUCUUGAGAUAUUUCUUGGCCCAGUCUUGGCGUUUCAGCUUGUGUGUCUUGUUCAGUGGUGGUCGUCUUUCAGCCUUUCUUACCUUGGCCAUGUCUCUGAGUAUUGCACACCUUGUGCUUUUGGGCACUCCAGUGAUGUUGCAGCUCUGAAAUAUGGCCAAACUGGUGGCAAGUGGCAUCGUGGCAGCUGCACGCUUGACUUUUCUCAGUUCAUGGGCAGUUAUUUUGCGCCUUGGUUUUUCCACACGCUUCUUGCGACCCUGUUGACUAUUUUGAAUGAAACGCUUGAUUGUUCGAUGAUCACGCUUCAGAAGCUUUGCAAUUUUAAGAGUGCUGCAUCCCUCUGCAAGAUAUCUCACUAUUUUUGACUUUUCUGAGCCUGUCAAGUCCUUCUUUUGACCCAUUUUGCCAAAGGAAAGGAAGUUGCCUAAUAAUUAUGCACACCUGAUAUAGGGUGUUGAUGUCAUUAGACCACACCCCUUCUCAUUACAGAGAUGCACAUCACCUAAUAUGCUUAAUUGGUAGUAGGCUUUCGAGCCUAUACAGCUUGGAGUAAGACAACAUGCAUAAAGAGGAUGAUGUGGUCAAAAUACUCAUUUGCCUAAUAAUUCUGCACUCCCUGUAUGUGUAUGUCUGGACUGUGUGGGUUGCUUCCCUGGGUCUGGUGGGGACCGGGCUGGCCAGGUACAAGUCAAAUUCCCCUUCAGUGUAAUUCCCCUACAAAAGUGCUGGUAGGAAGGGAUCUGAGUUCUAGUAGUUUUGCGUUCCAUGCAAGGGCAACACACGUGCCAUAGCUUGCCAACCCCAGGCCUAAUACAAUAAGCAUAAUAGAUAAGGUGCUUGGAGUGUCACUUUAAAGACAUAGUGCUAUGACUUAUAUUGAUGUUGUGUGCUGUGAUGCACUCAUGCAAACCAAAACCACUGAGUUCCUAGAAAAGAGGGACACGGGAUAGAUGUGCUGCAGGGAGAAUAUUUACCCUAAAAGUAAGGAUAAGUGGAAAGUAUGCAAUGGCAAAUUUAGCAAAACAAGUCACAGCAACAAAGAGACUCAAAUAUGGAUGCAAUUUUUGAAACAUGCUAUUAUCUGAAUUGGCCAUACCAAACCUGAAAAAUUAUCCAUAUUAUACUGUUACCAAAUCAUUUCCAAAUUGGGGUAGAGUAGCGCAAUAAAAGCUCAAUGCGUAUCCAACUAUUCUGUUAAAAUAUAACUAUUUUUUUGGAAAUAUAUCACGUGUACAUUGAUGGGCAGCACAUGAGAGGGCUGCGGUAUAAAAUUGAAAAAAUUAGUCCGCUAGGAAUCCUGCAGCAAACAUGUUAUACAGCACAUUUCAUUUGUGGACAGUAACAUGUAGGAAUUAUGUAUGUUUUAGAAAACAUGCUGGUCUCCACCACCCUCUUUAAAACACAAAUGAUCCUCUUUGCUUACCGUUCUUUUUCCUCUUAGACAUUUAACUUCUGCACCUGCUGCAUUUUAACAACUACUGGACACAAUUUUUUUGGUCCUUUCGUUGAUGUUGCUUAUACAGAAUAACCAGGCAACACCUAGUCUUCUUUUGACAUAGGGAUCUCCACCAUUAUUUAUAACCCUAAAACUCACAGGCCAGGUGUGAAGGAAGGGGUAAGGACCAGCUGUCAUACAUGUUUGUUUGUUUUCACAUUCACCCCACCUUACUUGUUAAGAGUUCUUCAUAAAAGCGAAUCUAUGGGGGACUUCAGUUUGCCUGUUUAAGGAAUAAUCCGGUUUUGUAAAAUAGUGCUUAUACCACUGUGGAACAGCUGACAUGGAACCUGUUACUUUGUUGUUGAACUCACCUCCAGUUUGCCACUCUUAAAUAUCCACCAAGCUUUGACCUUUAAUGCACGAGGUGGUUCAAUAUAUCUCUUGGACUUGUUUUGGCUACCUGCAAUAGAUGAGUUAUUGGAAUAAUUGUGCUAAUGUAAAUAAAAAAUUGUGACGGAAAUUUGGAUAAACUUUUCAAUGUAAUACAAUUUAUUCUUCUGUGUCGUUUUUCUUUAAGACUGCAGGUUCUAUUGCAGGGAUAUUAUUGUGAAGAAAGAAAAACCUGAAGACGAGAAUUAUAUUUUUCAUUGUAACAAGUGGCUUUCCUCAUUUAAAACCGUAGUACAUGUACAUGCACACACCAAAACAAGUGCUUCUACAGGGAGCCUAACACAUGUUCCUCCAAUAGGUAAGGAAAUUAUUCUUAAAAAAUUAAUUUACAAUAAAGCAAAUCCAUGUCAGUACUUAAUAACAGAGCAUGGUUUGGUGUUACUAAAACAUUUUUUGGUAUUCUCCUUUGUACGCGUCUCUUAACUAAUUCUUUGGAAGAAUAAUGCGUGUUCAAUACUAUUACUAUUUACAAAAUUACCUGUAGACAUCUGUACAACGUUUCAGUUGAAAUAGUAAAGGCUCCAAUAAAGAGUUUCUGUAAUGCUUGAAGUGGGCAUAGGGCAAUCUGAAGAAGCAAAAAAGAAGAAAAGGUUUUAUGAUAGAUAGAUUGGAAGAGUCAGUUGGGUCUUACUUGACUCGUAGCCUAUGCUUAAACCGAUAUGAGUCUACAGACAAGCUUUUUGACGUUUAGUAAAUAAUCUCAUAGAUAUUUGGAAAUGUCAUAAAAUGUAAUAUUGUAUUUUCAUUUUAGAUGACUUACAGGAAAAAACAUGGACAAAAAAUGAAAAGAAUAAAGCUAAAAUUAAAAAAUGUAAAGAUGGAAAAGUCUCUUCUAAGCUACUUUCAAAGAAGGCUGAAAAGUCAUCGUGCGGAAGAAGGGAAGUUGUGAAGGAAAGUAAUUCAGGAGGCUUAGGAGCAGCAUUUUUUUCAACCCCAAAAUCAAAGUCUGGUGCCUCACCAACAUCUGUGGAAACAAAAUAUUACAUGUCUGUGUUUGGAAACUCCCAAGAGGUAUUGAAUAGUUCAGACAAUAAAAAUUAUUUGAAAACAACUUCAGACGAAGAAUUGGAAUCAAAUAAAAAAUGUUCCACUUCACUGCCUAGCUUGAUGGACUCGCAAGGCAAUAACAUGAUGGAAAAUACAAACGAAGGUUCAUUGGGUGAGAACAACAUUUUAGAAGAUGAGAAAAACUUUGGUCCUGAUGUAGAUCUGCAGAUCCAGAAUAUCAUCACAGAAGAUGUUGUGAAAGAGCAUAGAAAAGCAAGCAGUCCAGUCAGCUAUGUGUUCUUUUCACAUGAGUUGAAGGGGGAUUCUCCUCUUCUAAUCGAGCCAUACCGACAUUCUCCAACAGAGAACAUCAGUAAUAUAGAUAAUCAUAGCAAGAGAGAACGUAAAAUGUCAACACCUGUUCUGGCUGUGGAAACCCAGUCAACCACUUGUGAUGAAGAGAACUAUAAUGAUAGAACCUCAAAACAUCCCUUGCUACAAGAGACUCUUCAAGACCUAAUAACAAAGUCAAGUGCUAGCUCAGUUGUAGCUGAAUCAGAUCCCAUGUAUGGCAACUUGGAAAAUAUAGAAAAGGCAGGUCGUCGUGUUACUCAAGAUAACUCAACUGGACACAAUGAAUUCCAAAUAGUUUCAGUGGCUCAGAUGCCGCAAUCAUUAGAAAAUUACAGUUUGGGUGAUGGAGAUGAAAGCAUCUACGUGUCGGACACGACCCUGGAAGAGGAUUAUUUGUUCUCGGAUAGAUCUUCGGCUUUACAUUUUUCAGAAGAUGAAGAAUCAAAUACUGACAGUUCAGGCAGCAAGUUAGAAAAUACUUUUAGGAAAGACAUGAGGGUAAAAAAAAAAAGUUUUGUUUACAUUUAAGGAAACAAAUGUGAGUCAGUUAUGGUUAAAGAUUAUGGAAGACAGACGGAGUAGUGCUUAGCUAUCUCAUUAGAGUCAAAAAUACUUUUGUUUAAAACAUUUUCUGCAUGUAAAAGGAAACUUAACAUUAAUAAUGUAUUUCUAACAGAGUAUCUUCUUGUGAUUUUUGAUAAGUGCCCACCCCGACAGAACACUAAAAUAAAAUUUACUCACCUUUGAUCCCUUGCUGAGAUCAUCAGCCAUCCAAUGCUUCUCCAUAGAGAUGCAUUAUACCUAUGCAUCUCUAUAAGAAGUGUUUUGUGUUUGCAUGCUGAGUUACUGUCUAGUGACAAUGGCUAGUGAAGUUCUUCGAGAGAAAUGUAACACUGCCCUUUCACUGAAAAGGCAGUUUUUACAGAGGAAAGGGUGCAGGGACAAGCUGUUUGCACUAAAAUCUCUGCCUUAAAGGGACACUAUAGUCACCAAAACAACUUCAUCUUAGAGAAGCAGUUUUGUGUAUAGUUCAUGCCCCUGCAGCCUCACCGCUCAAUUCUCUGCCAUUUAGGAUAAAUCACUUUGUUUAUACGGCCCUAGUCCCACCUACCUACAUGUGACUUGCAUAGACUUCCACUAAUACAUACAUAGACAGAAUCUUCAAAUUGUCUAAGACUACAUUUUAUUUUAAAAGACAAUAAUUUGGGUUUUAUAUCCUCCCUGUAGCAUCAACAUACCUCCCCAACAUCGAAGUCUGAAAUUGGACACCAGCGGGAAGGGUAAAGGGGGCAGGCCAGUGAUGUGAUUAUGUCACUGAGUCUGUCCAAAUGGAGCGGUCCUACCUGACGUGAACGCACACCAGGCUGCCUGUCAAUCAAGCAGGCCAGUCCACUAAGAGCAAACCAUGCAGGGAGCACUGUUUCAGUGUUCUCUGCAUGGUCCUAGCGGCCUGAGUGUAGUGACAGUACAUCUAAUUAUGAGCUUGUGCUACACUUGUUGGGCUCAGUUCCCCGGUGUCCUCAGAAGCAGGACACCAGGGACUAAUGUAGUUAUGGCGGGACACAAAGGAGUUGCUGGAUUGAUUUUGCUCAUUUAAAUAGAAAAUAGUGACAGAAAUUUUGCUACACUUUUAAAUGUAAUACAAAUCAUUCUUCUGAAUAUUGGGAUUGUCCCACCGAAAUCGAGACGGUUGAGAGACCUGCAUCCAUAAUCCACUGCGCUAUAUAUGCUGUUUGAUUUAAGGGAAGCUUACAUCUCUUAAACAAAAUGUUAGUCCCAUCAUUAACUUAAAGGAACACUAUUGUCAGCUAAACAACUUUAGCUUAAUGAAGCAGGUUUAGUGUAUAGAUCAUGCCUCUCGGGUUUUACUUCUCAAUUCACUGCCAUUUAGGAGUUAAAUCACUUUGUUUCUGUGUAUGCAGCCCUAGCCACACCUCCCCUGGCUAUGAUUGACAGGGCCUGCAUGAAAAAAAAACUGGUUUAACUUUCAAUCAGAUGUACUUUACCUUAAACAAUUUUAUCUCUUAUCUCUUGCUCUGUAAAUUGAACUUCAAUCACAUACAGGGUCUAGCAAGCUAUUAACAUAGGAGGGGAUAAGAAAAUCUAAAUUAAACAGAACUUGCAAUAAAGAAAGGAUAAACUUUAGAUGACUCUUUACAGGGUGUUUAGGAAGGCUGUGCAAGUCACAUGCUGGAAGGUGUGACUAGGGUUCAUAAACACAGUGAUUUAACUCCUAAAUGGCAGAGAAUUGAGCAGUGAGGCUGCAGGGGCAUGUUCUAUACACCAAAACUGCUUCAUUAAGCUAAAGUUGUUUUGGUGGCUAUAGUGUCCCUUUAAUGUGAUGGACUGCAAUACGCAAUUAUUUUGCAUAUUACAAAACAACUCAUCACUUUAAAACAAAGCAUGAAUUGUUUUACUCCACAUCUUGUUACCUUGAUUAUGUUUAUUAAACCGAAUUAGUCCCCGCAUUGAUAGUGAAAUUAUUUCAUGUUUAUAAAAAAAUUAGAACUUUUCUAUCAAAAUGUAUUUAUUUUUUGAAUUAUAUUCCUAGAGAAAAGUAACGAAACCAGCUGUAAUAUCCAAAAAAUCGGAGUCCGUGGGAGACAGCACACAUAUAUUUCAAAUUGCUUUAGCAGCGAUAACGAAUAACGAUACAACCGAACUUAAGAAUAUGUGCCGUCGCAAUUUCUUUCUGCUCAGGUACAGUAUCUUGAAUCUAUGCACAGUAUUUUCACCAUUCUUGAAACUGUCUAAUUAUGUAAAGGCUUUUUUUGUGUUUUCUUGUUUUAAUUUCACCUUGUACGUCAACAUUAAUUCCAGCUUGAAGUUAUUGACAUAUCAUUACUUACCAUAAGCACUGAGAAAACCUGCUAUGAAAACAAAUAAUAGGCAUUAAGUUGCUAUUCGCUUUUUUCCAAGUUAAGUACCUAAACGUUUUGGCACAUUUGGGAAAAAACACAAAACUCAGCAGGUACAGCGUCACACUUUGUACUUGAUUCCUGCAGAGCAAUGUCUCCUUUAGCGAUAUUGAGAGCUCUGGCUUUCCACUUGUAUUUGGCUGGAGCAAUGAAACAAGCUGUUCUUCAUUAACGUUUAAUCUUGGACACAACGUUGUCCAAACUGCCACUUGAUUGGAGUUCAGUAGUUUUGGUCAUAAUUGCGAUUGAAAACUUAAUCAAUGUGAAUCAUUCAUCACUGGUGAAAAAUCAUUGACUACUUGAAAAACUUUAUAAAAUCUUUAAUCACCCUCACCUCAUUUUAAUCCACUAAUUUUGUAUCAUGCAUUCAGAUUAGUCUGUGAACUCAUCAUUCCCAAAUCAUGGCAUUACUUCAGUAUCUUUAAUAUUUCCGGUCUCUAUGUUAUAAAACUACUAAUAAACUUGCAGAUCUCCACAGACUUCCCCCUAGAGAAAGGAAAGUGGGUGAUCUAGGACAAUAGGGGCUCUCCCACUCACAUAGUGGACAUUUUAGCCCAAAAGAGGGUGAGAUAAGAUCAAAAGUGAAUGGAAACUAUAUUAAUAUAUUAAUAUUAAUAAACAUACCCCAAAUAAAAACAUGCAUGUAUUUAAUUGUGCAUUUUUUCAUUAGAGGUAUACAGGAUCUAAAAACAACUUGCAAAACUUACAGAGUUUAUGUAUUAAGUAUUUGCAAGCCCUCCCCUACUUUCUGUGGUUGCCCAAUCACACGACCACAGACUUCCCAAUGCAGCUCAAUGAGAAGUCUUUGCAAGGCAGGCGCUCUGGGCUAUUGCUGCCUCUUGAGUUAAAGGGACACUCCAGGCACCCAGACCACUUCUGCCCAUUGGAGUGGUCUGGGUGCCCACUACUCCUAACCCUGCAACUGUAAUUAUUGCAGUUUUUUUUAUAAACUGCAAUAAUUACCUUGCAGGGUUAACUCCACCUCUAGUGGCUGUCUACUGGGCAGCCACUAGAGGGCACUUCCGUGUCCCUAGCACAGGAAACCUGUGCUAGAGCGUCGCUGGACGUCCUCACGCUGUGUGGACCUCCAGCGAAGCUCAUUUCCCCAUAGGAAAGCAUUGAAAAGCAUUUUCAAUGCUUUCCUAUGGGGAGCUCUAAUGCGCAGUCUCGCCCACCGGCCGAAGCAAUCACUGGGAGGAGCAGCGGCGGAGGAAGAAUCAGCGACGUGGGACAUCGUCGCUGCCUCUGGUAAGUCAUUGAAGGGGUUUCACCUCUUCAGCAACUGGGGAUUGGGGGGUGGGAGGGAGAGGGGACCUGCAGUGCCAGGAAAACGGAUUGUUUUCCUGGCACUGGAGUUUCCCCUUAAGCUCUGCUGAGAGCUAAACUAUCAGGAAGUAACAGGAUCAGUUGUCUGAUUGACAGUCAGGUGGGUGUAACAAAGUUAAUUUAGAAAACUGUGAAAUUAUAUUGAAAGUGUCCCUUUAACCCCUUAAGGACCAAACUUCUGGAAUAAAAGGGAAUCAUGACACACAUGUCAUGUGUUCUUAAGGGGUUAAACUGUUUUGGGUGUUAGUUUUCCCUUAAUAAAUAUUGGGUAGACCUAAUUACAUAUUUUAUUAUUAGAGGUAUUACUAGCGCUGAUCCAAUCUUGAUUUUUUCCCAGACCUAAUUGGAUUGCAUACAAAUGCUAAAACCUGAAAUUCACCUCUCUGUCUUUCCUACCUACCAGCUCAAUCCUCCAGGCUUAUUCACUAAAUUGAGAAUUUACUUGUUGAUAUAGGAAGCUAGUCUCCCUGUUUGUGAAUAAACUAUAAAACUAGAACACUGGACUGCAUGCUAGUCAGUUGAUAUUUUUUGUUUCAUUAGUAAUAUUUUGAGAUAUAUCUCCGCUAAUGUAUCUGUUUAUUUGUAUCCAAAUACCUGUAGUUCAACAGACAAAGAAGGUAAAACGCUCCUUCACCAUGCAGCACGUCAAGGGAGUGACAACAUCUGCCAGGUAAUGUUUGUAUUGAUCAGUAGAGUUUUACUGCAAAUCAGAGAUAAAACACUAGUAUACAUGCUAUAUAUUAUAGAAUACGUUAUCUUAAUAGUCAGAAAUGGGUAACCUUGACAAUCCAAGUGUUCGAAAACCCGGCAUCCUAUGAUUCUCAUAAUUCAGAUAGUCAUUAUGCAACACUGGAUAAUAUAUAUCAGAAACAUAUGGGAUGCCCAGGUAAAUAUCAGUGUCCAAGAUCAGUGACAGGUCGUUUGUUUAUUUAUUUUAAUAUUCAACUAAUGUCAGCCUAAAUGACACCAUAUUAAGUCUAAACAUGUGUGUAAUGCCACCAUACCUUCCAUGUGUGUAAUGCCACCACCAACAUAAGACUUUCUAAGCGGUGACACAGCAACAUUUCCAGGAAGUGAAUGUUUAUACCUGGUAUACAGAAAUGAUCCUGUAUAGAUAAACAUUAAAGGGUUACUCCAGGUACCAUGACCACUUCAUUUGCUGUGGUCAAGGUGCCUGAAAUCUGUAUGGGCAGCAUUUCAUUUUGAGGCACUGCACAUACUGAAACUAACCCUUUUGCUGCUGACCGCUUUCAGCCAAUGAAUGAGUGGCAGGAUUGACAUAGAGUGUCUGCACAGCAUCCAGCAGGAACAGGUUUUUCUCCAUUACCGGGUUACAGCGCCUGGAUACGCAGUAGACUGUAGUUUUAUGAUGGUUGGAGUAACCAUUUAGGACCAAUUAGAAGUUGCAACUGUUUUGAAAAGGAAUUUACCCAAUGCUUGUUCUGUAUUAAAUAGGCACUAUAAGCAACAAAGUCACAACAGCUCAAUCUUGCCUAGAGUGUCCUGGCACCGUCCUUGUGUUUAUUAUCAACCAUUUAGGAACAGUUUGAUACAAACUGGGGCUCUUCUAUAUGUCAGGGCAGUGCCACAUCUUGGCAGCAUUAAUAUGUAGUUAGCAGUUUUGCAAAAUUAAUGUCAAUGCUGUCCACUACAGUAGGUGAUUGUCAGAGAGCACUCUUAGCCAAUCUGGGUUGCUCGGAUUAUAAUAAAUUGACAUUAAUGAUGACAAAGUGGUAAUUAUCAAUGUUUGUCGACGAGGGUAGCGGACUUUAAGAACCUGGAAGAGUCCUGGCUCAUGAUAAACUGUUCCUGUUUGAUAGUAAAGGGACACCCGGGGCACCUACAUAGUGCAUGUGAUGGUAUUGGCCUCAUCGUGCUAUGUUUUUUCUGUAGGGUCAAAAAGCAUAGUCCCGCCACCAUAGCGACACCUCCCCUUUUGCAAGACAUCUUCCUGAUUGGAAUAUAAACAGUGUAGCUCAGCCAAUGAGCGAUCACAGUAGAUAUCACAGGUCAAUUAUUAUUUGUAUAGUAUGUUCAAAUACAUUCUAAGGGGAAAGGGGUCAGUUAGUAGGAAGACAGUGAUUAGCUGUAGGGUAGAGUCAAGUCAGCAGCUCAGCUCACAAUAAUCUUCCAUUGACUUAGUACUUCUACUAAUGAGACUGUUUUUUAAAUUAGCUAAGGGUGAAGGUGGUGUUCCACUGCAGAAAGGUGCAAACCCCUGCAUUGCUGGACUUAGCUCAAGGCAGCGAGCUUUUAGCUCUCAUCUGGAACCGCAGGAUGCCAGUUACCACCUGUAUAAAUUCUCAAAGCAUUAGCAAACAUUUUGCUUACAGUGGGUGAGCACCAGGGCACUUCUGAUGCCAUAAUUAUAGCGCAGUGGUUAUGGUGCCUUGAGUGUCCUUUUAACCCCUUAAGGACACAUGACAUGUCAUGAUUCCCUUUUAUUCCAGAAGUUUGGUCCUUAAAGGGUUAAACAUUGCCACUACACUGACUGGUUGUUUAUCUUGCUAGGUUUCAUUACCAGAAAUAAACAAUACAGUGUUUCUCCCCACAGGUCUGUAACAAAAACACAAACAUGCUUUAACGGGUAACAGAUAAAGAAUUGCAGCGGCAGGGUGGCGGGUGACAGAUAGGGAGCUGAUAAAAAAAGGUGGAGUCUUUAAGACUCCACCUUGGUUCCACACAACCACAGAUUUUUGUUAUUCUGUAGAAACUUGUUUCAGUUUACGGUUAGCCUCGCAUGUUCAUGUCUCACGCACAGGCAUAGCAGCCAGCAACUAGCGGUAAGUCAGCCUAGACACUGAACCACUAGCACAUAUGUAUUGCCACUUUGCGGACAUAUUUACCCUUCUAUAUUUACGUGCACAUGCUUGAAAAUGCCUAGAACACGUUCCUUCACCUCAGUACAUUAAAUGAAGCAGUCACUCACGAGAGAAUGUAUUGCUGUUAUCGUACUAUGCUUAUUUAUCCUAUUUUUGCUGAUAUAUAUUUAUCGUUUUCUCUGUAAUGUACUCACUUUGCUUAAAAAAAACCAAAGAUUGACGACAACAAAAAAAGUUCAAACAAAUUAUCUGUCACAAUUGUGCAUCCUUUGUUACCGAGUCUCUUUUAAACAUGAUCCCCAAUGAGUCUCUAUUCGCAUUGCAGGUUCUUCUAGCGACAAAUGUUGGGAUGAUAAACAUUGACAGACAGGAUAUUUUUGGAAAGACGGCUUUGCAUUAUGCUAUGGAAAAUGAUAACAACAAGACGAUGAAAUUACUGUUGAACAAUGGCGCAAAGCCAGAAUUUCCUGAUGAAAAUUCCAAAACUCUCUGGAUGUUACAUUGAGAUAAAUACAAGAGAAGUGAUGAUAAUGCAAGGAGGUAAAGAAAACUUAAAGCUUGCUCAAUCUACGGAAUAAUAAGCGCUACGGAAUCUGUUGCCGCUCUAUAAAUGGCAAUAAUAAUAAUAAUCCUCUACCAUUUAUAAUGUUCAGUGUUUUUAGAUCACCUUAUGUUCUUGGUACCAAUAAGCUUAUCUUUCUACACGGUAAAUAGAAAGGUCGCCACAUUUGACUUGUGCUCUAUGCCAACAUGGGGAGCCGGAAGAAGAGGCAUCAUCUCUAUUUAAUGUAUUUAACUUUAUAAUUUAAAAAAAAAAAAAGAAAAUUGUAAGCAUUACAGUGUGUGUGUGUGUGUGUGUGUGUGUGUGUGUGUGUGUGUGUAUAUAUAUAUAUAUAUAUAUAUAUAUAUAUAUGAUAAUAUAUAUAUCAGGGCAGAGCUUAGAAUUUGCUGCGCAUAGAGAAGCUAAAAGCAUGAAUAUAUCAUAGGGUAUAUGUUUUCAUAAAACAAACAAAAAAAUACCAAAACACACGGUAAUCAAGUAUAUAGGACCUAGGCUAAAAGAAUCUCACCGGUCUAAUGGUAGAAUUCAAAUAAUUUUGUUUCCACAGAGACUAAGUCUAUCUGCCAUGCAGGUGAGAAAUAUAUGGACACAAAGUUGUAGAAUAUUGCAUAUUCUAUUAUGUGUGCUUUGGAGUUAAUUUUAAUUUUGUAGACAUUUUACUGCAGAACUUCAUUUUACUAUACCUUGUAAUAAAUAACCAUAAAUUCAUACAAAAGGAUUCAUUUUUUUUUUUAGGUCAGAGCAAUAACUAGUACGUAUGUUAUGAUGUUAUGAAACUACGCUAUUUUCCGAUUUUAAUUGAUCGUCCAGUCGUUCUCUGAAAUCUGAGAAAAGCACAGACUAUUUUAUCUAAAGGUCAUUCAGGGUAAUCACCAAUAAUGUUUAAUCAGUUUACAGAACUAAUCUAUUAAUAUGUGUAUAUAUUAUCAUGUAAGUGCAUAGUCCAGUAACCUUGACAAAGAGCCCAGAUGAAGAGAUAGGGGCUUGUUUGUGCAAACCCAUUUUGUAGUUUUUUUUUACCUGUUUAUUUUAAAUUAAUAACUGUAGAAUCCUUUGUCUGUAACUGUCCAUGCUGUAUAUGAUUUGCAAUACAUUUUUGUCACAUAAGUAGCUGUCAUGAACUUAGUCACUAUUGCUAUAGAAAGAUGCAGAAAUGGGGCAUGUGUGCCAAUAUGUUAUGCAGUUUACUUUUCAAAAUUUAAAGUAUUUAUUAUGUUUUCUUUCAUUUUCUUUUCUUAUUAGGUGAAUAUAUCCAAAAAUACAAAGAAUGAAGUUCAAUCUAGACCAAGAGAAGAAACAAUUUCUGAAUCUGAGCUAGCCCUUAUUAUCCAGUUCUAAUACAAUGUAUGUAUCUCAAAGUCUAAUCUUAAUAUAUUAAUCCUUUGUAUAAAGAGACUUUUUAAAAAUCACCUUCUAGUUCUCUCACACAAAGCAUAUUUACAUACGCUUGGUAUUUUUAUACUCUGUCCCUUUAAAUACUAUUUUCUGUCUCUAGUGAACUCUCAGUUGAUCAGAGGCACUACCAUACUUUUUCAGCUUCAUAUGUGGGUUCUUAAAAAGCUUUAGCAGUAAGUGGACCUCUAGUUUACUAAAAGAAGCCGGAAAACCCUUUGAGGUGCAUUGCAUUAAACGUGUUCUUGGGACCAAUGGGUAAUACUUAAAUCAAAGAACACUUGCAAAUAGCUUUUGCUUCUGGGAUAUAACCAAAGUGGUUUUGUAAUUUUUCACAUACUUUAACAAUGCUGCAUUUAAGUAUUCACCCUUCUUGGAUGAUUCCACAUUUUGAAGUUUAGCAGUUUCAAGCUAAAAUUGCUUUAAUUAGAUUUUUAUCAUUUCAUUUACACAACGCACAAUACACUUUGAAGGUGCAAAAUGUUUUACAAUAUCUAACUUAAAUAGAAAAUAAAAUGCCUUUUAUUGCAUUCACUCCAGUUCUUAUGAACCCCCUGAAAUAGCUUUAGUGAUCUUUUAUUAUGUUCUGGAGAAGCGUCAAUGACAAAAUAUCUCGGAUAUAUGACAUCCUCUGAAUACAGAUUAUAAAAUAUUGAAGGAAUAUGGCACAAACAUGCUCCUGCCUAGAAAUGGCCAUCUACCAAAAGCAGGCAGAGAAGCACGCAAGUUGACAAUGGUAACUUUGAAAGAGAUGUGCAACCAAAAUAGGAAAACAUGUCCAGUAGACCAGCAUUACCUGGACACUCCAUAACGCUGAGCUUCAUGGAUGUGUAAUAAGCAAAAUAAAAACAUAUCAGAUUUUGCAAGGUACAUGAGAGACAUAGCAAACAUGGAAGAAGGUUCUCAUGUUCUGAUUAAAGGAACACUACAGUCGCCAGAACAACUACAGCAAGAGGGGAUAUAUAGUGUUUUUUGUUUGUGUUCCUGACCCUUUAGUGUUCCCUUAUUUAAAAAAAAAAAAUUACUUUUUAGCUUUAGCUGAAAAUGCCACAUGUGACACAAAGCCAACACUAUAGAUCAGCCAACAAAUUAUAAGUGAUAAAGCCGGUUAAGAUGAUAAAACCGAUGGAGAAUGAGGGCUAAACCAAUGGAGCCAAAUACAGGAUAAUUCUAGAAUAAAACAUUUUUUAGCCUGCAAGAGACCUGCAACUGGGUUGCACGUUGUUAUCCUUACCUUUCCGGCAGAAUAAUGACCCUAAACACACACAUAUACAAUAAUGUGUUUUAAAACAAGAACGUGCAUGUCUUAGGAUAGUCCAGCCAAAGCCCAGAUCUCAAUCAAUCUAAGAAUCUGUGAAAAAUCAUACUCACCAAAAGGUCCCCAUCAGACAUGACAAAGCUUUUGCAAGAAAAAAAACUGGUCGAAACUUAUCUCAAAAUAAAUAUAGUUACAAUUACAGCUAAAGAUUCUAUCAUGUACUGAUGUAUGUAACCAACAAAUGUCUGUUUUUGUAUAAUUAAAUAAAUUAUAAUUCCAGGGUGCAAAAUUACAAAAUGUGA